UUCAAAUUGAAUUUGAAGUAAAAGACUCCGAUUUGGGGAAAAGAUUUUAGGCGUCGGACGAUCACGCAGUGAUUAAUCGACUACAAAAUUUGGGUAAUUUGGAAUAGCUGUGCCAAGGAAGAGCAUGGAGGCAGCUCCGGAAGACAACGGGAACAGCGCCGCCGGGGAGGGAGAAGAGGCGAUGAUUGGUCCCGGUCCGGCGCCUCGUGCUCGGCUUAAACGUCCCCUUCAGUUUGAGCAGGCCUAUCUCGAAGCUCUCCCCUCUGCCAAUAUGUAUGAGAAGAGUUACAUGCACCGCGAUGUGGUCACGCAUGUAGCGGUUUCAGCUGCUGAUUUCUUCAUAUCUGGGAGUGCAGAUGGUCAUUUGAAAUUUUGGAAGAAGAAGUCCAUGGGCAUAGAGUUUGCCAAACAUUUUCGAUCCCAUCUUGGUCCAAUAGAGGGCCUGGCCGUUAGCAUAGAUGGUGCACUUUGUUGUACAAUUUCGAAUGAUCGCUCAGUCAAAAUAUACGAUGUAUUUAACUAUGACAUGAUGGCGAUGAUACGUCUUCCUUAUGUACCUGGUUGUGCUGAGUGGGUCUAUAAACAAGGUGAUGUCAAGGCCAAACUUGCAAUUGGUGACAGGAACUCUUCCUUUGUCCACAUAUAUGAUGCUCGCUCUGGUUCUAAUGAAUCUAUAAUGUCUAGAGAGAUGCAUAUAGGCUCAAUAAGAUGUAUGAAGUACAACCAUGAAUACAAUACAGUGAUUUCUGCAGAUGACAAAGGAAUGAUUGAGUACUGGAAUCCCACUUCACUACAGUUUCCUGAAACUGGGGUGGCUUUUAAACUAAAAAGCGAUACUGACCUUUUUGCCAUAGCAAAAUGCAAAACCACUGUUUCUUCUAUUGAGGUGAGUCCAGAUGGGAAGCAGUUUUCGGUCACAUCUCCUGAUCGUAGAAUACGUGUGUUUUGGUUUAGAACGGGAAAAUUGAGGCGUGUAUAUGAUGAAUCUCUUGAGGUUGCCCAAGAUCUUCAGAGGAGUGAUGUUCCUCUAUACAGGCUAGAAGCUAUUGAUUUUGGACGACGGAUGGCUGUAGAAAAAGAAUUUGAGAAAACAGAAACUGCACCUCAACCUAAUGCUGUGUUUGAUGAAAGCUCCAACUUCCUCAUAUAUGCCACUCUUCUUGGAAUUAAAAUUAUAAAUCUACAUACCAACAAAGUUGCUCGAAUCCUUGGGAAGGUGGAGAAUAAUGAUAGAUUUUUAAGAGUUGCACUGUAUCAAGGUGAUAAAAGCAGUAAAAAAGUUCGAAAGAUUCCUGCUGCUGCAGCUAAUGCCAAUGAAAGCAAGGACCCUCUGAUAGAUCCUACUCUGUUGUGUUGUGCUUUCAAAAAGAGUAGAAUUUAUUUAUUCAGUCGGAGAGAGCCGGAGGAACCUGAGGAUGCAACUAAGGGAAGAGAUGUGUUUAAUGAAAAACCACCUGCUGAUGAACUCUUGGCUGUAUCAGAGCUUGGAAAAGCUGCAACGACAUCUCUCCCAGAUAAUGUGAUCUUGCACACUACCAUGGGUGAUAUUCAUAUGCGGCUGUAUCCUGAAGAAUGCCCCAAAACAGUCGAGAACUUCACAACACAUUGCAAAAAUGGUUAUUAUGACAAUCUGAUCUUUCACCGUGUCAUCAGAGGGUUCAUGAUUCAGACAGGAGACCCUCUGGGAGAUGGAACUGGGGGGCAAUCUAUAUGGGGAAGGGAGUUUGAAGAUGAAUUUCACAAAAGUUUGCGGCACGACAGGCCAUUCACGGUCUCAAUGGCUAAUGCCGGGCCGAACACCAAUGGCUCUCAAUUCUUCAUUACAACUGUUGCCACCCCAUGGUUGGACAACAAGCACACUGUUUUUGGCAGAGUCGUAAAAGGAAUGGACGUAGUGCAGGGCAUAGAGAAAGUGAAGACAGACAAGGCGGACAAACCGUACCAAGAUGUGAAAAUUCUAAAUGUGACUAUUCCAAAGUUGUGAUGAGUGAGUUCCUCUUUAUAGAGGCAUCCUAUUUUUGUUCAUUCAUUUCUCUUGCAAUUUGCACUAGAAAAGGACCUUCUGUUACAAACAUGCUUAUCAAAGUUUAUAUCAUUGACUAACAUCAGCCCCUUCGAUUUCAGUCGGCAAAAUGAGACAAGCUUAAGUAGUUUAUAGGGCUCAUGGUUAGAUUUGUAGGGUUCGCGGAGAAUGCCGGAGGAGGGGGUGCUUUGGAAGAGGCAGAUCAUCUGCAGCAUAUGGUUUUAGGUAUGCAUAAACAUGUUGUAAUGAUUCAUUAUGGAUGUUUUUACUGUGUACUUGAAAUUGAAUCAUGGGUGUGUUUGCUUGGCCUUUUGGCUAUGUAUUUUGAUUUUGGAGGGUCUUUAUUUAAAUUUUAUUUGAUACAAGAAUGGUAAAAUAAUGUGCAGUGGUUUUGUGGAAGAGGGUUGUAUGAUGACAAUAUGACAGGCUAAUGUUAUUGUGUUGAUACUGACACUAUAUAUA